GCGCGCGGGUCGCCAUGCCCCGGUCCCGCGGUAUCUCCCUCCCUUCUCUCCCUCUCUGCCGGAGAGCCGUCCGCCGUCAUGACAUAAGUAUGUGCACGCGUGGACCGCGAACACGCAGUGUUAUGAAAGAGGCGGCGCUGUCAGUUCCUGCGGCCGAGUUCAGCGUGGCGAGGCGACGCAGUGACGGAGGCGGGCGGCGCGGCCGGACACUUCGCAGCUGCGGGAUAUUGGCUCGACAAUGGCAACUCCCCAUCACUGAAGAACGUUGCUGCCCAACAGCCCCUCCUCCCUGCACCUUGACACAACUGCUUUCCACUUUACGUUUUCUCCCACCUCCUUCUUGUUCAAACAUGGACACCUCUGGAGACAGAACCUCCGCUCACGAUGGGCACCCCGACCCCAGGAGCAGCCCCAGUCGCUCGGACCUCAGCGGACUGUACCAUCUUGGUCGGACGUUGGGGAGGGGCCACUUUGCCGUGGUCAAGCUGGCUCGCCAUGUCAACACCAGGCAGCUGGUUGCCGUCAAGAUGAUUGACAAGACAAAACUCGAUGUGAUGGCUGCGAGUCACCUCUUACAGGAAGUGAGGUGCAUGAGGCUGGUUCAGCAUCCCAACGUGGUCCGCCUGUACGAGGUCAUCGACACGCCCACCACCCUCUACCUGGUGAUGGAGCUGGCCGAGGGGGGCGACCUCUACGACUACAUCCUGUGCCACGAGGGGGGCGUGGCCGAAGGCACCGCCAAGCGCCACUUUGCCCAGAUCGUACGCGCUGUGGCAUACUGCCACCAGCUUCACGUGGUGCACCGGGACCUGAAGCCCGAGAACGUGGUGUUCUUUCCUCAGCAGGGGGCAGUGAAGCUGACUGACUUUGGGUUCAGCAACUUAUUCCAACCCGGGACGAUGUUGGCCACCAGCUGUGGGUCGCUGGCGUACUCGGCCCCAGAGAUCCUGCUGGGGGAAGAGUAUGAUGCUCCAGCUGUGGAUAUCUGGUCUCUCGGGGUGAUCCUGUACAUGUUGGUGUGUGGAGCCCCUCCCUUCCAGGAAACCAACGACAGCGAGACUCUGGUCAUGAUCCUGGACUGCCGAUACCGCGUCCCAGAGCACGUCUCCCACGGCUGCAGAGGCCUGAUCUCCCGGAUGCUCCAGAAGGACCCGUCUUGCCGCGCCUCGCUUGAGGAGAUCGAGGCCCACGACUGGCUGCAGGGGCUUGACGACGCCCGGCUCAGCCCGGAGGCCCCGCCGUACUGGCUCUCGGGGGCCCUCUCCCCCAGCUCACCACGCUUGGGAGCACCUGAAUGUGGGGACCUACUGGCCGCGAAGCCCCCGCAUCAGCAGGCUUUCCCCGGCCCCUGGCAGCCCAGCCUCACCUUGACCCUGCGUCCGCCUCUGGCUGAAGAGCCUCCGGUCACCAGGAACCUACCGGCGCUACAGCAGAUCUGCGAAGAGGAAGAGGAGGAGGAUGAAGAAGAAGUGGAGGUGCAGGGCGUUUUGGCAAAGGAGGCUGAAUGCUUGGCGUCUUCGUUCGUAGCAGAGCCAGAAAAAGCAGUUGAAGAGACGCUGGACAGCGCAGGUGAUCAGGAGUGCAGGGAGGAGGACCCAGAAGAGGAAUUAGGAAGCUUCGUAGAGGUUCUCGAGGAGACAGAGGAGGAGCAGGAACAAAUGGAGAUAGAGGAGGAAGAUGGCGGCUGUGUGAUUUCAGACCAACCAUUGAAUCAUGGAGACAACACGGCAAGUCAAACGGCCAAAGUUCCUCCAUCGCCUCUGCCUGGUUUGGGGGUGCCGUGCUGCUGGGGGGCGGUGGGCCCCCUGAGUCCGGAGGAAGAAGAGAUUGAACCUAACAACAACACCAAGUCCUCCGGCUCCUCUCCCAGACUCGCACUGAACGAGGAGCAGGCGCUAAAAGCGGGACGAGAAGGAGAGCAAGAAGGGAGUACGGGGAAGGGCGGGGGGGACGUCACCCCGACGGACCGAUCUCAAGCCCACAGUGCACGGCCGGAGCAGGGGAAGAGGCACAGCAUAAAGCUGCACGAGAGGCUCUUUCAGUUCCCGCUGUGCGAGAAGGCCCUGGCCUUCAACAUGCCGACGCACAACAAGCCCAAGAUCCUGCCGCUGGCCCAGUACAACUGCUGCCACGUGCUAUGAGAGCCACAGGGUUUCAUACCUGCGAACACUCGCCUGGAGCGCCAGGCGAAGGCGAUCGGCGUGGCGUUGAGCCGGCGGUGGUGUGCAGCAGCAGUACCAGUAGCAGUAGCACCAGUAGUCGGAUAUCAGCAGAAAACUGUUACAUAACCGGUCCAACAGGGAGCGGGAGAAUGAAGAGCGGUAACAACAGGAAGAGAUGGAAAUGAACAUUUUUAAUAAUCUAUAGUCUUUUUUUGUUUUUUGUUUGAAAGGUGCCUAAAAUGAGUCGAUGGGUUUCUGCACAUGCAUGGCCACCAAGUUGUUUUGGUCGAAAAAACCCUCAAAAAGUCAGAAUGGUAUAGCACUCCGUAGAUUCAUGAUUUCAUAUUCUAUAAUAUAUGAAUUAGAACAAACUUUGAACCAGCUCGUGCUACAGAGCGGCACUCGUUUUCUCUUCCCUUUGCACAACCGGCUUCUCAAGGUUCAAAAGCUCUUAAUAUAAGCUAUUAUAGAAAGAUGGAGACUGUUAUAAUACAGUACGACGUGAAAUAUGAUGCUGUGUAAUAUAUGCCUAAGAAUAAGAUGAUGAUGUGAUUUUCUGUACUCUUAAGCCCUGAAGUUUAUUUGAUGUAAUGACGUGUCCUAACAUACUGUACUUAACUGUUAAACAGGAUCAUUGAUCGGGAUGCAGGUCUUCCAGUGUAUUUCAACGUGUUCUUUUUAUUCACACUGAAAUGUCGUAUUUGAUCACAACAGAUUUAUUUUGUGUGGGCAGAUGCAGAGACAUGUGACUCUGCAUGUUGUUACUGUUAUUUAUCACACUAUACCUCCACGUGUCUUGGCUGUGACAGGACGUGUUCCUGUGUUCCUGUAAGUACUUUGAGGUAAUCCACUCACGGAUGUACCUCACACAUCUACACGUCUACUGCAGCAGGUAGCUUUAUCGAGCUUUAGAUGUGUUGGGUCAUCUAGAGCGAAUGAUGUGACUCCUUACUGUAGCUGAGUCCCUUUGUGUGCUCAUACCUUUGUGUGGCUCUAUUUUCUCCUCUUUUGAGGCAGAGACAAGGAGUGAAACAUUUUGUUAGGUUAAGGAAGAUUCGUAAAAUUUCUUCUACAGUAAAGAGGGCGUACUCCAAUCAGGCGCUGCAGCCUCACAGGGACAACUAGUCGGAUUAUUACCGUGCAACCUUUGAUCCCUGGUUAUAUAAGCAGCGGGUGUCACGUCAAACAUGAAAUCCGUGCAGAGAAGGGAUGAAUACCCCAUUAUUUGUUCCUGUGUGAUUGCAUCCCUCCACCACCACCCCUCCACCCCCUCAGUGUGUCUGUGUCUACUGACCGGCAUUGUAACUACUACCACGUCUCCAUGGAGCUGUGAAUUUAUUUUUCUGUAUUUAAUUAUUCAAAAUGGAUUCAAUCAACAGGAUGAAUGUGUACGGUGUGCUGAUUUUAUAGAGCGUGACCAGUGAUGCUGCGCACACACACACACACAAGAAACUAAAUAUCCCCUUUUGAACAAGG